GGUUUGAAUGCGUGGAAUAAAAUUUCCACAAAGCCAAAACCAAAUCUUAAAUACCAAAAUACUUUUUCAUACUUCAUACUUCCUCUCAGGUUCUACGGUAAUAACAUCCAAUUCCAUGGUCUAAUCUUUGAAGCAUCCUUCCCAAACAGAAUAUAUAAAAAGAGAGAUCGCUGGCUUCGCCGGCGAAACGAGAUAAUGGAAGAGUCGUCGUCUUCUCCGGCGGACCCGAUGGUCCUUCUAGAAGACUUCGGUCAAAAAGUUGACCUGACUCGGCGCAUACGAGAGGUGCUCUUGAACUAUCCUGAGGGAACGACGGUGCUGAAGGAGCUUAUACAGAACGCCGAUGACGCCGGCGCAACCACGGUCCGUCUCUGUCUCGACCGUAGGUCUCAUGGCUGCGAUUCUUUGCUCUCCAACUCAUUGGCUCAGUGGCAAGGUCCCGCACUUUUGGCAUAUAACGAUGCCGUUUUUACGGAAGACGAUUUCGCUAGUAUUUCGAGGAUCGGCGGGAGUGGUAAACAUGCUCAGGCUUGGAAGACCGGCCGAUUUGGGGUUGGCUUUAACUCGGUGUACCACCUUACUGAUCUGCCAUCAUUUGUGAGUGGAAAAUAUGUGGUAUUAUUUGAUCCUCAGGGUCUUUAUCUCCCGAAUGUGUCUGCAUCCAAUCCUGGCAAACGAAUUGACUUUGUUAGUUCGUCAGCUAUCUUGGCAUAUAGAGACCAGUUCUUGCCAUAUUGUGCCUUUGGUUGCAAUAUGAAAAGUCCUUUUGCGGGAACUUUAUUCCGUUUCCCUUUGAGGAAUGCAAGUCAGGCAGUCAAAAGUAAGCUUUCAAGGCAAGCAUAUCCAGAAGAUGACAUUUCUUCAAUGUUUUUUCAACUUUAUGAGGAAGGAGUCUUCACAUUACUUUUUCUCAAGAGUGUAUUAUGUAUAGAAAUGUAUGUAUGGGAUGUUGAGGAACCUCAGCCAAGGCAGCUUUUUUCCUGCUCUGUGAGCUCUGCAAAUGAUGAUAUUGUUUGGCAUCGGCAGGCAAUAUUAAGGUUGUCAAAGUCAAUAAAUUUGACAGAUACUGAGAUGGACUGCUAUUCAUUGAACUUUUUAAGUGAGGCAACAAAUGGUAACCAAUCUGAGAAGAAGAUAGAUACUUUUUACAUUGUACAAACAAUGGCAUCAGCAUCCAGUAGAAUUGGUUCUUUUGCUGCUACUGCUUCUAAAGAAUAUGAUAUUCACCUAUUGCCAUGGGCAUCUGUUGCAGCAUGCACAUCAGUUAAUUCAUUGAAUAAUGAUGCUCUUAAGCUUGGUCGGGCAUUCUGUUUCCUUCCACUGCCUGUACGAACUGGCUUGUCUGUGCAAGUUAAUGGGUAUUUUGAAGUCUCAUCAAAUCGUCGUGGAAUUUGGUAUGGGGAUGACAUGGACAGAAGUGGAAGGAUACGUUCUGUUUGGAAUAGGCUCCUUCUUGAAGAUAUUGUGGCUCCUACUUUUAGAAAACUCUUGCUUGGCGUUCAAGGAUUGCUAGAUUCCAAAAAGUUGUAUUAUUCUUUCUGGCCCAGUGGUUCUUUUGAAGAGCCAUGGAGUAUUCUGGUUGAGCAUAUAUACAGAAACAUUUCUAGUACUCCUGUGUUGUAUUCGGAUCUGGAUGGUGGGAAAUGGGUGUCACCAGUUGAAGCAUUUAUUCAUGAUGAGGAAUUUUCAAAAAGCAAGGAACUUGGCGAGGCCCUGAUGCAGCUAGGAAUGCCAAUUGUGCAUUUGCCUUCCCUUUUAUCUGACAUGCUCUUGAAAUAUGCUUUUGGUUUUCAACAGAAGGUGGUUACUCCUGAUACAGCACGCCAUUUUCUUAGAGAAUGCAAGUCUUCUAUGACUUUGAGUAAAUCUUACAAGCUUGCAUUGUUGGAAUAUUGUCUUGGCGACUUGAUUAACGAUGAUGUUGGUACACAUGCAUAUAAUCUGCCUUUGCUUCCAUUGGCAAAUGGUGAAUUUGGAUCUUUUUCUGAAGCCUCAAAAGGAAUUUCUUAUUUUAUCUGCGAUGAGCUGGAAUAUAUGCUACUUGAACAAAUAUAUGAUAGAGUUAUCGAUCAGAAUCUUCCUGUUGACAUAGUUAGUAGACUUUCUGCUAUAGCAAAGUCCUCAAAGGCAAAUCUCUCUCUUUUCAAUAUUAACUACUUUCUUCAGUUUUUUCCAAAAUUUUUACCUGCUGAUUGGAAGUAUAAAGAUAAAGUCCUCUGGAACCCAGAAUCUUGUAGAAAUCAUCCUACUUCAGCAUGGAUUGUGCUAUUUUGGCGAUAUCUUCGGACUCAUUGUGAAAGGUUGUCACUUCUCAGUGAUUGGCCUAUAUUGCCAUCAAUAUCUGGGCAUCUUUACAGAGCCUCACAACAAUCAAAAAUGGUCAAUGCAGACAAGCUAUCCGAGAAGAUGCAACAUAUACUUAUGAAAAUUGGAUGCAAGAUACUUAACCCCAAUUAUGGAGUUGAACACUCGGAUUUAUCACAUUAUGUGAAUGAUGGUAAUGGUGCAAGUAUUCUGGAAUCCAUUUAUGAUGUUUUUGCUUCAGAUGGUAGCAUCAUGCUAACAACUUUUGAAAAUUUGGAAGCAGGAGAGAGGGAUGAACUUCGUGGAUUUCUGCUUGAUCGAAAGUGGUAUUUUGGAGACUGUAUGAAAGAGUCUGACAUUAGAAAUUGCAAAAAGCUUCCUAUUUACAAAGUUUUUGCUGGAGGUGGCGGGUCUGCUCAAAAUUUCGAGUUUUCUGAUCUUGAAAAUCCACCAAAGUACUUAGCACCAUUAGAUGUUCCUGAAUGCUUUCUUGGAGAUGAGUUCAUUAUUAGUUCUUCAGGUAGUGAAGAGGAAAUUUUAUUAAGAUACUAUAGAAUUGAGAGAAUGGGGAAGGCACAUUUCUACAAGAACCACGUGUUAAAUAGAAUUGGGGACUUGCAACCUGAAGUUCGUGACAACACUAUCCUUUCUAUUUUGCAUAACCUACCACAGUUGUGUGUUGAGGACAUAUCUUUCAGGGAAUAUCUGAGAAAUUUGGAAUUUGUCCCAACUUUUAGGGGUUCUCUGAGGUGUCCAACUAUGUUAUAUGAUCCUCGCAAUGAGGAAUUAUUUGCAUUAUUGGAAGCCUCUGAUAGUUUCCCUUGUGGUCCGUUCCAAGAAUCUAGCAUUUUGGACAUGUUACAUGGUUUGGGCCUUAGAACAUCUGUAACUCCUGAGACAGUCAUACAAAGCGCGAGACAGGUAGAACAGUUGAUGCAUGAGGAUCAGGAAAAGGCAUAUUUAAGAGGAAAAGUGCUUCUUUCCUACUUAGAAGUUAAUGCAAUGAAGUGGCUGCGUGAUCCACUAAAUGAUGAUCGAGGAAGAGUGAACAAAUUUUUCUCACCAGCUGCUUUUGCAUUCAGACCUCGGAACUCAAAAUCUGAGCUUGAAAGGUUCUGGAAUGAUCUAAGAUUGAUCUGCUGGUGCCCAGUAUUAGUUUCUCCUCCCUUUGAAGCUUUACCAUGGCCUGUAGUUUCAUCCAUGGUUGCUCCCCCGAAGAUUGUAAGAUUGCAGACAGACCUUUGGCUAGUUUCAGCAAGCAUGCGAAUACUUGAUGUCGAAUGUUCUUCUACAGCACUAUCAUAUAGCCUUGGAUGGUCAUCUCCACCAGGUGGAAAUGUGAUUGCGGCUCAACUACUUGAGCUUGGAAAAAAUAACGAGAUUGUGAAUGAUCAGGUGCUUCGGCAGGAAUUGGCCAUGGCAAUGCCAAAGAUAUACUCAAUGCUCACAAACUUGAUUGGUUCAGAUGAGAUGGACAUAGUAAAGGCUGUUCUUGAAGGUUGCCGAUGGAUUUGGGUGGGCGAUGGAUUUGCAACUGCAGAUGAGGUUGUCCUUGAUGGUCCCCUUCAUUUGGCACCUUACAUACGUGUUAUACCAAUUGAUUUAGCCGUUUUCAAGGAAUUAUUCAUAGUUCUUGGCGUUCGAGAGGUCUUGAAGUCUACAGAUUAUGCUGAUAUCUUAUUUAGAAUGGUUACGAAGAAAGGUUCCUCUCCUCUUAAUACACAAGAAAUCAGGGCAGCCAUACUAAUUGUGCAGCAUCUAGCUGAAGUUCAAUUUCAUGAGCAGAAAGUAAAGAUCUAUUUACCAGAUGUGUCAGGCAGACUAUUUCCAGCCAGUGACUUGGUUUAUAAUGAUGCUCCCUGGUUGCUUGGCUCUGAGGGUACUGAUAGCACUUUUAAUAUUUCAUCCACAGUGGCCUUGAAUGCAAGGAGAACAGUUCAAAAAUUCGUGCAUGGGAACGUAUCUAAUGAUGUUGCAGAGAAGCUUGGUGUUUGCUCUCUUCGUAGGAUCUUAUUAGCUGAGAGUGCUGAUUCGAUGAAUUUGAGCUUAUCAGGAGCUGCAGAAGCUUUUGGGCAGCAUGAAGCCUUGACAACUAGACUUAAACAUAUACUUGAAAUGUAUGCAGAUGGACCUGGAAUUCUAUAUGAGCUUGUGCAAAAUGCAGAGGAUGCAGGAGCUUCUGAAGUUAGCUUUCUAUUGGAUAAAACUCAAUAUGGGACUUCUUCUGUUCUCUCUCCUGAAAUGGCAGAUUGGCAAGGCCCUGCGUUGUACUGCUUUAAUGAUUCUGUUUUCAGUGCCCAAGACCUUUAUGCAAUCUCACGAAUUGGCCAAGAAAGUAAACUAGAGAAGCCUUUUGCAAUUGGGAGAUUUGGCUUAGGUUUUAAUUGUGUCUAUCAUUUUACAGAUGUUCCCAUGUUUGUUUCUGGAGAGAAUAUUGUGAUGUUUGAUCCUCAUGCUUCCUAUUUACCUGGUAUCUCUCCGUCUCACCCUGGCCUACGAAUUAAAUUUGCAGGAAGAAGGAUAAUGGAACAAUUUCCUGACCAAUUUUCGCCAUUUUUACACUUUGGAUGUGACUUGCAAAAUCCAUUUCCUGGAACCCUCUUCCGGUUCCCACUCAGGAGUAGUAACAUUGCAUCCAGAAGCCAAAUAAAGAAAGAAGGAUAUGCACCUGAAGAUGUCAUUUCACUCUUUGAUUCUUUUUCGCAUGUUGUUUCUGAUGCUCUGCUUUUUUUGCACAAUGUAAAAAGUAUCUCUGUUUUUGUAAAGGAAGGAAAUGGACACGAAAUGCAGCUCCAACAUCGUGCACACAAGCAUUGCAUUGGUGAGCAUCAAAUGGAAUCCAAUUCACAACAAGAUAUGUUUAGCUUUUUCAAAGGGAGUCGGCAUAGUGGAAUGGAUAAAGAUCAGUUCCUAAAGAAAUUGAGCAAAUCAAUAGAUAGAGAUUUGCCGUAUAAAUGUCAGAAGAUUUUAAUUACAGAGGAAAGCUUGUCUGGUGAUUUGUCACACUGUUGGAUAACCUCUGAAUGUCUUGGUGGAGGGAAAGCUAAGAAUAAAUCUGAAGUCUCAAAUGACAAGUCUCAUGCUCUCCCUUGGGCAUGUGUUGCUGCACAUUUACAUUCUUUCAAGGUUGAUAGUGAAUUGAGUGAUGAAAUGAAGACAAAAGACAUUGGUACGUCUUCCAAUUUAUUUCAAGUUCCAACAGAUUAUAUUCCAAAUAGGAAGGACUUUGAAGGCCGUGCUUUCUGCUUUCUACCACUGCCAAUUAAUACUGGUCUUCCAGCACAUGUCAAUGCAUAUUUUGAAUUGUCAUCAAAUAGGAGAGAUAUCUGGUUUGGCAAUGACAUGACAGGGGGUGGGAAAAAACGCUCAGACUGGAAUAUGUAUCUGCUUCAAGAUGUUGUUGCCCCUGCUUAUGGCCGUAUGCUAGAGAAAAUUGCAUUGGAGAUUGGUCCUUGUGAUUUGUUCUUUUCGUUUUGGCCUAACACAACAGGAAUUGAACCUUGGGUGUCAGUAGUACGGAGAUUAUACACUUUUAUUGCAGAUUUUGGUCUUUGUGUAUUAUACACAUAUGCUAGAGGUGGCCAGUGGAUUUCAAUCAAACAAGCUAUCUUUCCUGAUUUUACAUUUCACAAGGCACAUGACUUAAUUAAUGCACUAUCCGAUGCUGGCCUACCUGUGGUUACUGUUUCAGAACCAAUUGUUGAUAGAUUUAUGGAGGUACGUCCAUCAUUGCAUUUCUUGACAGCUCAAUUGUUAAGGAAUUUGUUAAUUCGAAGGAAACGUGGAUUCAAGGACAGGAAUGCAAUGAUCCUGACCCUUGAAUAUUGCUUACUGGACUUAAAAAUACCUUUUCAAUCUGCUAGUCUGCAUGGUUUGCCUUUGCUACCACUUGCUGAUGGUUCAUUUACAGUCUUUGACAAGAAUGGAAUUGGUGAAAGAAUAUAUAUUGCACGGGGAGAUGAAUAUGGUCUUCUUAAAGAUUCAAUUCCAAAUCAACUUGUAGAUAGUGGUAUUCCGGAAGUAGUCUAUGGGCAGCUCUGUGACAUAGCGCAAACUGAAGAAUCAAAUAUUUCCUUUCUGUCAUGCCAUUUACUUGAGAAACUCCUUUUGAAAUUACUUCCAGCAGACUGGCAGCAUGCAAAACAGGUGACCUGGGCUCCUGGUCAUCAGGGUCAACCAAGUUUAGAGUGGUUAAGACUUCUUUGGAGCUAUCUAAAAUCAUCUUGUGAUGACCUGAUGCUUUUUUCCAAGUGGCCUUUGUUGCCAGUUGGGAACAGUCUUCUACUUCAGCUAGUUAAGAAUUCAAAUGUGAUUAGAGAUGAUGGCUGGAGUGAGAACAUGUCUGCUUUGUUGCAGAAAGUAGGAUGUGUUUUCUUGAGGCCAGACCUCCCAGUGGAACAUCCACAACUGGAAAAUUUUGUGCAGCCAUCAACAGCCAUUGGCAUCUUAAAUGCAUUUCUAGCAAUUGCUGGCAAGUUGGAGAACAUUGAGGGGCUUUUCUGUGAUGCAUCUGAAGGGGAGUUGCAUGAACUUCGGAGUUUCAUUCUUCAGUCCAAAUGGUUUUCUGAAGAGGGAAUUGAAAACAUUCAUAUCAACAUCAUUAAAAACCUUCCUAUGUUUGAAUCCUAUAGAAGUAGAAAGCUAGUAAGUUUGAGUAAUCCUAUAAAGUGGCUUAAACCUUUUGGCAUUCGUGAGGAUCUUUUGGAUGAUGACUUUGUACGUACAGAAUCGGAUAAAGAAUAUAUCAUUCUAAGAAGAUAUUUAGAAAUUGGAGAGCCUUCCAGGGUGGAAUUUUACAAAAAUCAUGUGCUUAACUGCAUGAAAGAAUUCCUUUCACAGCAAGGAGUCCUUUCAACUAUUUUUCAUGACUUAAAACUUCUAGUAGAAGAGGAUAUUUCUGUAAAGUCUGCUCUUUCUACAACAGCCUUUGUUUUGGCAGCCAAUGGCUCUUGGCAGCCGCCUUCCAGGCUCUAUGAUCCUCGUAUACCUGAGUUAAGAGAGGUGCUACACAAAGAAGUUUUUUUCCCAUCUGACAAAUUCAUGGAUACUGAAAUUUUGGACACUUUAGUUGUCUUUGGACUUAGAAGAACUCUUGGCUUUACUGGUUUGCUCGACUGUGCUAGAUCAGUUUCUCUGUUCCAUGAUUCUGGGCACUCUGAUACACUAAGUUAUGGGAGGAAAUUACUUGCUUGUUUGGACACUCUGUCACUCAAGCUCUCAAAUGAGGAUGAUGAAGGAACCUAUGAUGAAUCACAUGGUGCGAUCUUACGUACGAACAAUAGUGUUGAGGAUGGUGACAUUGCAUAUGCUGAGUCACCAAGGAGAGAGAGAAACAAUCUCGUGGAUUAUCAGGACAUUAAUUCACUUUUAGGUGAUUUUGUUUAUGAUAAACCAGAAGAAGAAUUUUGGUCGGAAAUAAAGGCAAUUGCUUGGUGUCCUGUUUGUGCUGAUCCACCUCUGAAAGGACUCCCGUGGUUGAAAUGUAGUAAUCAAGUGGCACCACCAAGUACUGUCAGACCUAGAUCACAGAUGUGGAUGGUGUCCCAUUCAAUGUAUGUACUAGAUGGUGAAUGCUGCUCAACAUAUCUGCAACGUAAACUAGGUUGGCUGGAUUGCCCAAAUGUAAAUGUUUUGUCAAGACAGUUGGUUGAGCUCUCUAUGUUCUAUGGUCAUCUGAAGUCAACCUCAUCUGCACAGCCUGAUGUUGAUGCUGAACUGCAAAAGGGAAUUCCAUCACUUUACUCAAAGUUGCAGGAAUAUGUUGGUACUAAUUGCUUAGUGGAGCUAAAAUCAGCACUAGAUGGUGUUUCAUGGGUUUGGAUUGGGGACGAUUUUGUAUCCCCAAAUGCGCUUGCAUUUGAUUCACCUGUGAAAUUUACUCCAUAUUUGUAUGUUGUUCCUUCUGAAUUAUCAGAAUUUAGAGAUUUGCUCUUGGAAUUAGGUGUUCGACUUAGUUUUGAUGUCUUGGACUACUUGCACGUGUUACAACGUCUACAAAAUGAUGUGAGAGGGUUCCCAUUGUCAGAAGAUCAGUUGAGUUUUGUCCAUUGUGUCCUUGAAGCUCUAGCAGACUGUUGCUUAGAGAAGCCACUGUUUCAGGCUUCUACCACUCCUCUCUUAGUUCCAGAUUUUUCUGGAGUUCUGUUCAAUGCUGGGGAUCUUGUGUACAAUGAUGCACCAUGGAUGGAAAAUAAUACCCUUGUUGGAAAAAGAUUUAUACAUCCAAGUAUCGGCAAUGAUUUGGCAAAUAGGUUGGGGGUACAAUCACUUCGCUGCCUCUCCUUAGUUGAUGAUGAAAUGACUAAAGAUUUGCCAUGCAUGGAUUAUGCUAGAAUCAAUGAGCUUUUGGCUAUGUAUGGGGACAAUGACCUUUUAUUGUUUGAACUACUUGAGUUGGCAGAUGGCUGCAAAGCCAAGAGGCUGCACCUAAUCUUUGACAAGAGGGAACAUCCUCGUCAGUCUUUGCUGCAGCACAAUUUAGGUGAAUUUCAAGGACCUGCCCUAGUGGCCAUUUUGGAAGGAGUCAGCUUGAGUAGAGAGGAAGUAAGUAGUCUCCAGUUUCUACCUCCAUGGAGAUUAAGGGGCAACACUCUUAAUUAUGGUUUGGCCCUACUUAGCUGUUAUUUUCUCUGUGAUCUCCUCUCAAUUGUUUCUGGUGGCUACUUUUAUAUAUUUGAUCCUCGUGGUUUAGUGCUUGCUACACCUUCGACUUGUUCUCCUUCAGCAAAAAUGUUUUCUUUGACAGGCACUAACUUGACUGAGCGAUUUCAUGAUCAAUUUUAUCCUAUGUAUCUUGGUCAAAAUAUGCCAUGGUUGUCAUCGGAUUCUACCAUUAUCCGCAUGCCUCUAUCAUCAGAAUGUUUGAAAGAUGGACUUGAGUUUGGACUGAGGAGAAUAAAGCAGAUAACUGACAGAUUUUUGGAGCAUGCUUCUAGAACACUUUUAUUCUUAAAGUCGGUUAUGCAGGUUUCACUCUUGACAUGGGAGGAAGGGAACCAGGAGCCACGCCCAGAUUAUUCUGUUUGUAUUGAUUCAUCAUCUGCUAUCAUGAGGAAUCCAUUUUCAGAAAAGAAAUGGAGGAAAUUCCAAUUAUCAAGGUUAUUUAGUAGUUCAAAUGCUGCAACAAAAUUGCACGUUAUAGAUGUGAUUGUCAACCAAGAAGGAGCUAGAGUUGUUGACCGAUGGCUUGUUGUUCUCAGCCUGGGUUCAGGGCAGACCCGAAAUAUGGCUCUUGAUAGGCGAUAUCUUGCAUACAACUUGACUCCUGUUGCUGGAGUUGCAGCUCUUAUAUCGCGAAAUGGCAAUCCUGCUGAUGUUUGUUUGAUAAGUUCCAUCAUGUCUCCCCUUCCUCUAUCAGGUGGUAUAAAAAUGCCUGUCACUAUACUUGGAUGUUUCCUGGUUUGUCACAAUCAAGGUCGUUAUCUCUUUAAAUACCAAGAUAGAGAAGCUUCAAUGGAGGCACGGGCUGAUGCUGGAAAUCAGUUAAUUGAAGCUUGGAACAGAGAGCUGAUGUCUUGUGUUCGGGAUUCUUACAUUGAGUUGGUGCUGGAAAUUCAGAGGUCAAGACGAGACCCUUCAAGCUCUAUGAUUGAGUCUGGUUCAGGUCGUACAUUAAGCCUCCUGUUGAAGGCCUAUGGAGAUAAAAUUUAUUCCUUUUGGCCUGUAAGUAGUGGAAAUGCUCCAGUCAGUCAACUUGGUGAUGGUAGUAAUUUAGUUCCAACCGUUGUUAAAGCAGAUUGGGAAUGCCUAAUUUCACAUGUCAUACGGCCUUUCUAUGCUCGUGUUGCUGAUCUUCCACUUUGGCAGCUUUAUUCAGGAAACACAGUCAAGGCUGAAGAAGGCAUGUUUCUUUCACAACCUGGUCAAGGUGUGGGUGGUAGUUUGCUUCCAGCUACAGUUUGUGCCUUUGUAAAGGAGCACUACCCAGUGUUUUCAGUACCGUGGGAUUUGGUGUCUGAAAUCCAAGCUGUGGGGAUUACAAUUCGUGAAGUGAAACCUAAAAUGGUUCGAAAUCUUUUAAGAGCUUCUUCAACAUCUAUUGUUCUUCAAUCAGUUGAUACAUAUGUGGAUGUACUGGAGUACUGCUUGUCUGAUAUUGGAGAGUUGUCCAACUCAACUGGAGAGUCUGCAUCAGUUGAUCACAAGAAUACAAAGUUAAUUUAUAGGGAACAUCAUGUGGGAAGUACUUCAGCUUCUAAUUCAGCGUCUAAUAUGCACAAUUUUCCUGUGCCUGCCCUAAAUGCAAACAGUUCUGGGGAUGCCUUUGAAAUGAUGACAAGUUUGGGGAAAGCUAUAUUUGAUUUUAGCCGGGUAGUUGUUGAGGACAUUGGUAGGGCUGGUGGGCCCUUGGUUCAAAGAAACACUGAUGCACGUAGCAGUAACAGAAGCAAUGGAAAUGUAGAUCAGAACCUUCUCUUAGUAGUAGCUGAGCUCAAAGGUUUACCAUGUCCGUCUGCCACAAACCAUUUAAUGAAGUUGGGGAUUUCUGAAAUUUGGAUUGGCAAUAAGGAGCAACAGGAACUGAUGAAAUCUUUAGCUGCAAAGUUUAUGCACCCUAAAGUAUUGGAGAGAUCAAUCUUGUCUGAUAUUUUUUCAAACAGUGCACUGCAAGCAUUAUUAAAGCUGCAGAGUUUCACUUUUCGCUUACUGGCUAGUCAUAUGAAACUUGUUUUUCAUGGUAAGUGGGUGAAUCAUGUAAUGAGUUCUAAUAUGGUUCCUUGGUUUUCAUGGGAGAAUACGUCAGAUUCUGGUGGAGAAGAAGGCCCUUCCCCUGAAUGGUUGCGGCUAUUCUGGAGAAAUUUCAGUGGCUCUUUGGAAGAUCUCUUGCUAUUUUCUGACUGGCCCCUGAUUCCUGCUUUUCUUGGUAGGCCAAUCUUAUGCCGCGUCAGGGAGCGUAAUUUAGUUUUCAUUCCACCCCCUGUAACCAAUUCAAUUUCAGCAGAAGGUGACUUGGAAAGUGCUGCAACAGGAAGUGUUCGUGUUUCUGAUUCUGAAUUGGUUCAAGCUUACCUUUCAUCUUUUGAAGUUUCCAAACAGAAAUACCCUUGGUUGUUAUCAUUGUUGAAUCACUGCAACAUUCCAUUAUUUGAUAUAGAUUUCAUGGACUGUGCAGCUUCUUGCGAUUGCUUACCUGCUUCUAGCCAAUCACUAGGGCAAGUUAUUGCUUCCAAGCUUGUUGCAGCUAAGCAUGCUGGCUAUUUGCCUGAACUUGCUUCUUUUACAGCUUCUAACCGAGAUGAACUUCUUUCCCUUUUUGCUAAUGAUUUCUUGUCUAAUGGUUCAAAUUACGGGAGGGAAGAGCUAGACGUUUUACGUUCUCUUCCCAUAUAUAAAACAGUUGUGGGGUCGUAUACACAAUUACAUGGCAAUGAUCAUUGUAUGAUUGCUUCAAAUUCUUUUCUUAAACCUUUUGAUGAUCACUGUCUUUCUUAUUCCACAGACUCAGUUGAAUUUUCAAUACUCCUUGCACUUGGAGUUAAUGAAUUGCAUGAUCAACAGAUUUUACUUAGGUUUGGGUUGCCUGGGUUUGAAGGAAAAGCUGAAUCUGAACGGGAGGAUAUACUAAUAUAUCUUUAUGCAAAUUGGCAAGAUCUUCAGCUUGAUUCUUCUGUAGUUGAAGCUUUGAAGGAAACUAAAUUUGUAAGGAAUGCUGAUGAGUUUUGUCUUGAUCUAUCUAAGCCAAGGGAUCUAUUUGAUCCUAGUGAUUCAUUGCUAACAUCUGUUUUCUCUGGUGAGAGGAAAAAAUUUCCUGGAGAAAGGUUUGGUACAGAUGGUUGGCUCCCUAUUUUGAGAAAGACUGGUCUGCGAACUGCAACAGAAGCAGAUGUGAUACUAGAAUGUGCCAAAAGAGUGGAGUUUCUUGGAAGUGAAUGCAUGAAAUCCAGAGAAUUGGAUGAUUUUGAGGAGUUAACUGGCUCCCAGAAUGAAAUUCCAAUGGAAAUAUGGAACUUAGCUGGAUCAGUUGUUGAUGCAAUUUUCUCGAACUUUGCUGUCCUAUAUGGCAAUAGCUUCUGUAAUCUCCUUGGCAAGAUUGCAUGUAUACCAGCUGAAUUAGGCUUUCCAAAUGUUGGUGGAAAGAAAGGUGGCAAGAGGGUGCUCACUUCUUAUAGUGAAGCUAUUUUGUCAAAGGAUUGGCCGCUGGCUUGGAGUUGUGCUCCCAUUCUUUCCAGACAAAAUUAUGUCCCACCUGAGUACUCUUGGGGGUCACUCCAGCUGAGGAGCCCCCCAGCCUUUUCCACUGUUCUAAAACAUCUACAGAUUGUUGGAAAGAAUGGUGGUGAAGACACACUUGCUCACUGGCCGACUGCAUCAGGCAUGAUGACCAUUGACGAAGCUUCUUGCGAGGUUUUGAAGUAUCUGGAUAAGAUUUGGGGUUCUAUCUCUUCGUCAGAUUUAAUGGAGUUGCAGAGAGUGCCUUUCAUACCUGCAGCAAAUGGAACACGCUUGGUGACAGCAAACUUGCUUUUUGCACGUCUGACAGUUAACUUGUCUCCGUUUGCUUUUGAACUUCCCACUUUAUAUCUUCCUUUCGUGAAGAUUCUGAAAGAUUUGGGACUUCAGGACAUGUUAUCAGUUGGUUCUGCAAAGGAUCUUCUUUUGAAUCUCCAGAAAGUUUGUGGAUAUCAGCACCUAAAUCCAAAUGAACUCCGUGCUGUGUUAGAAAUUUUGUAUUUUAUCUGUGAUGCAACUGUUGAAGCAAACAUGCAUGAUGAGCUUAAUUGGGCAUCAGAAGCUGUAGUCCCAGACGAUGGCUGCAGACUUGUUCAUGCAAAAUCCUGUGUUUAUAUUGAUUCUUAUGGCUCCCGAUUUGUCAAGUGCAUCGACAGUUCCAGGAUAAGAUUUAUUCACCCAGAUCUUCCAGAGAGAUUAUGUACAAUUCUAGGAAUUAAAAAGCUGUCUGAUGUUGUAACAGAGGAAUUAGUUCAUGAGGAGCAUUUACAAACGCUGGAAUAUAUUGGGUCAGUUCCACUUGUAGCCAUCAGAGAAAAAUUGUUGAGCAGAUCAUUUCAAAGUGCUGUUUGGACUGUUCUAAAUAGUAUGGCUGGUUAUGUUCCCACAAUUAACAACUUAGUUCUGGAAACCAUACAAAAUUCGUUAGAAGCUGUUGCAGAAAAAUUGCAGUUUGUCAAGUGUGUUCAUACUCGCUUUUUGCUUCUUCCCAAGUCGAUAGACAUUACACAUGCGCCUAAGGAGUCUAUCAUCCCAAAGUGCAUGGCUGGAUCCCAACAUCAGAGGCUUUAUUUUGUUAAUCAUUUUAAGACCUGCAUUUUAGUUGCUGAACCACCAGCAUUUCUUUCACUUUUUGAUGUUAUUGCUAUAGUUGUUAGCCAGGUUUUAGGUUCUCCUACUCCAUUACCCAUUGGAUCAUUAUUUGUCUGUCCUGGAGGCUCUGAAUCUGCAAUUGUUGAUAUUUUGAAACUUUGUUCUGACAAGAAGGAAAUAGAAGCUUCAAAUGGACAAAAUACUUUAGUUGGAAAAGAGAUACUUCCUCAAGAUGCUCGUCAGGUACAAUUUCAUCCAUUAAGACCCUUUUACUCAGGAGAGAUAGUUGCAUGGAGAUCUCAAAAUGGAGAAAAGCUUAAGUAUGGACGAGUGCCAGAGGAUGUCAGACCAUCAGCAGGCCAAGCAUUGUACAGAUUCAAGGUGGAGACCUCACCUGGGGAUACACAGCUUCUUCUCUCAUCACAAGUUCUUUCAUUCAGAAGUAUAUCCAUGGGUCAUGAGACUUCAGCAGUGUUGCUUGAUGAUAAUCAUACAGUAUCUCAUAGCACAAGUCUUUCUGAGGUGCCAGAAAAUUCAGGAAGAGCCAAAGAAAGAUCUUUGCAGGUGCAACCUGGAAACGAGCUCCAGUAUGGUCGUGUAUCAGCUGCAGAGCUAGUGCAAGCAGUAAAUGAGAUGCUUUCUGCAGUUGGGAUUCAUAUGAAUGCGGAGAAGCAGUCUCUAAUGCAAAAAACCAUAACACUUCAAGAGCAGCUGAAGGAUUCACAGACAGCACUUUUGCUGGAACAGGAAAAGGCUGAUGAGGCAUCAAGGGAAGCUGAUACCGCAAAAGCAGCAUGGCUUUGCCGGGUCUGCUUGACUUCUGAAAUUGAUGUGACAAUAAUUCCAUGUGGUCAUGUCCUCUGCCGUAGAUGUUCUUCUGCUGUUUCCAGGUGUCCAUUUUGUCGGCUCCAAGUAUCAAAAACGUUGAGGAUUUUUCGGCCGUGACACUAGAUGGUGGCGUUAUAUAAGCAGUCGGUCAUACAUGUAUAUUUAUGGUCAUAUAGAGUGGCUUCUCCUCUUUUUUCCCAGAAGGGACGACAAUUUCAUCACUGCAUUUAUGAGAGAACAAUUGAAAAUGAAAAGGGGAAUUAAAUCUCCUUGGAGUUCCACAUUUUACAUAUCCAACAAGAUUCAAUUGAAACGGAUUUGGACUGCUUCAUAUUAGAAAGAUUUUUGUAUCAUAAUUUGCCAUUUUGCAGUGUCCUGUAAUGCGGCACUAUUGGUUAUGUACAGAGAUGUUAAAAAUUUAGUGUAUAGUAUCUUUACUUGUACCGUGUAUACAUUUGCUAUUGUAAUUAAAUUUCUCUCUGUUUUUUCCGAUCA